UUUAUGAAAGAACACUUUUUGGCCGGGAUGAAGACAACACAGAGGGUCGAAAGCAUAAAUAGUUUCUUUGAUGGGUUUGUGAACAGGAAGACUAGGCUUUACGAAUUCCCUAACAAGUACACUAGGGCAAUGGGGAGGCGUGUUAAAGCUGAAACUGAUGCGGAUGCUCGCUGUGGCAAAUAUUUGAGGUGACUCGUGAGUGGUUUUUAUGUAGAACAAUUCUUUCGGGACAUCUACACUGACACCAAAUUCCAAGAGAUUCAAAUAGAGUGUUGUAGACUUAUGCAUUGCUCUGGGAGGGAGGAGCGUGUGCUAGAAGGGAACGUGAUUCAAUAUCUACUUGAAGAUCGGGUCUGGAUUAUCCCAGAAGGGAAGAUAGAAGAAGAGAUAACUGAUAGGAGACGAUUCUACUGUGUCCUGUACAACACAGUUAUGAAGGACGUGUCUUGUGAUUGCUGCAAGUUCGAAACCUUUGGUAUUCUUUGCAGGCAUAUCAUUCAGGUUUAUGAUCAAAAUAGGGUGUCUGAAAUUCCUUCAAAGUAUGUACUCGACAGGUGGCGCAAAGAUGUCCCUCGGAAGCAUAGCCGGGUUAACGUUUCCUAUCACGAUCAAGUACAAAUUAUUCUGUCCAGAUUUAUAGGAAACUGAUGGGUGAGUUUGAGGCAAUUUGUGAAGUUGCAGCAUCUGCUGAUGACAAGGAUACAAUAGAUCUUGUAUUUCAGUCUCUACAAUCACUUUCUUUGGAUGUCAAACAAAGCAGAGCGAAGUUCUUGGAAAAGCAACCUUGCCUACCCACUCUCCCAAGAACCCUGAUGCCUCCAUCUGAGAUAUGUUCAAACAGCCCUGAAUCAUGCCAAACACCUCUGUCGAUAUCAAAACCUACUGGAGUUGAAGUGAACCCUGUUGAAGUGGCUCCUGUUUUAGUGAAAGAUCCUGUUAGCCGUAAAAAGCCGCGGGGACGGCCAAAGGUGUAUAGGCAUAAAUCCCUUGCGGAGAUGGGAUACAAAAAGAGUGGAGCGAAAAAAGGUGAAACCGCGCAACAACCUCUUGCAAAAUUACCUGCUAAGAGGAAAAACCCACAAGGCGUUCAGUUCCAAAACAUAAUUGAGAACUACUAUGACUACGUUGCAGAUGUUGGCGCGAUUGAUGAAUUUGCACAACGCAAUGGGGUUCAAUGGGGAUCUGGUGCUUCUGAAACCUUUUAGGUCGCAGCUGAUGGUUAGAUGACAUAUGAUGCAGUACCGCUUCUUUUGAAACUUGAGUUUCGGGUCUUGGACAAUGUUUUUCGUAUUUUGUAAUCCGUUUAAAACAUGCUUUUGACUUACAUGUUUUUAUCAAACCCACAGAACCCUGUUCUGAUCCUAUAUAUUUUGUGGUUUGAUAUUCAUUUUGCAAACAUG